CGCCCCUCUCAAACAGACCAAACAGAUUCGGGUUGCGGGAGCACCCAAGAAAUAACCGGGGCGACUGCGAAGUGGGUGACGUUGCGAUUGAGAAGUUCAAUGUUGACGGAUUUUUUUCUAUUCUGCCUGCGGCAGGGCGCAACGUCGCAGUUGCCGGAAUUCAAUUGCGCUUCAAUUUGCUUUGCUGUGUUGCGGCCUCAUCUCGACUAGGUCUGAUCUUUCUUUGUCCAAUACAUUGAACGUGGAAUUGAACCCCAAGGCUGCCAAAAUCAAGAGAGACGGGCCCUCGCCGAGUCUCAACUGUCGCACGACCUCGACUCGGCAGGCCCCUCCCACACCCUCGCGGGGCCCAACGACUGACGAACCGCAGGCGCGUUGCGGCGCCAUCCGCUGCCUUCUUCCCUCUGCUUCUCUUCGCUCUCGGACUCACGAGCUUGGAUGCCUGCCAAGUCGGCGCCGACAUGAAUUCGACAGCCCGCGGCUCGAGCCCCGGCUCGCAGCUGCUACCCAAGAAGAACACCAAGAAGGCCCCCAACGGCUCUGCCCACCCCCAGCCACCGCGCCCGGCAGUGCUGGUGACUUCCGCCGACGGGUCCGCCGGCGCCGCCGGCGCCGCCACUCAUGGCGACUACGCCCAUGCGCACGGCAAGGGCGACGGCGCCGACGUGAUCGACGCCGGACUCAAGAGCUUGCACCACUACAAGCGCGCGCUCCCCCAAUGGAGGUACUCGCUGCGACAAAAGAUGCUGCCCCUCGUGCGGUGGGAGACGCCGUACCUGGCCUGGAUGCAGAGCAAGAUGCGCACGCCCGCCCUCGACAGCUACUUCGCCAUCACGGCCAACCUGGGCACCCACACCUUCUUCAUGAUCGGCCUGCCCAUCAUGUUCUGGUGCGGCUUCAAGGAGUUUGGCCAGUCGCUCAUCCACAUCCUCGGCUCCGGCGUCUUCCUGACCGGCUUCCUCAAGGACAUGCUCUCGCUACCCCGGCCGCUCUCGCCGCCGCUGCACCGCAUCACCAUGUCGGGCUCCGCCGCGCUCGAGUACGGCUUCCCGUCGACGCACUCUGCCAACGCCGUUUCGGUCACCGUCCUGGCCAUCCUGAUGCUCCACGACCCCAGCAACACGCUCGCGCCCCGCACCAAGCUGUUCCUUGAGGGGCUGAGCUACUUCUACGCUGCCUCCAUCGUCCUCGGCCGCCUAUACUGCGGCAUGCACGGCUUCCUCGACGUCAUCGUCGGCUCCGCCAUGGGCGCCGCCAUCUCGUGCGUCGAGUUCUACUUCGGGCCCGUCUUGACCGCCUACAUGCACGAGAGUACCUGGCGCGCGCCCCUGGUACUCGCGCUCGUCAUCGUCGUCCUCGUCCGAAUCCACCCCGAGCCCGCCGACGACUGCCCUUGCUUCGACGACAGCGUCGCCUUCGCCGGCGUCAUGAUCGGCGUCGACGCCGGCUCGUGGCACUACGGCCGCUCCGCCUUCGCCUGGCCGGCCGCGCACCCCUUCCCGCUGGCGGACCUGGGCUGGCCCACGGUGGCGGCGCGGCUGGUGUCGGGCAUCUUCGUCAUCUUCGCCUGGCGCGAGGCCAUGAAGCCCGCCCUCCUCAAGGCCCUCCCCUCCCUGUUCCGCGCCAUCGAGGACCGGGGCCUGUCGCUGCCGCGGCGCUUCUUCAUGCGCGCGAGCGAGUACAAGAACAUACCGGACCUGCUCCGCCUGCGCACAGACACGGUCCUGCCCGCCAUCAGCGAGCUGCCCGACAUUAUGCGCAACAUCCGGCGCGUGGGCGGCCGGCGCGGGCGCAGCGUUAGCAUCGGCCCGCAGAGCGCGGCCGACGCCUACGAGACGCUGGCGUACCGCGAGCGCAGGCGCCGCGAGAGCAUCGGCAGCAACGCGAGCCUGGGCAGCAAGCCGAGCCUGCGCGACCUACGCGAGGAGGCCGCCAGCGACGGCGGCGACGGCGCCGUCGCGGCCUACACCUCGGGCCGCCAGCAGAGCCCCGUCCCGACGUCCCCCACCGGCCACGGCCACGCCUUGCGCAGCGGCGGUACGCUGGCCGAGUACGAGUCCAUGAUGGGCCAGGGGACCGUGGUACUCAGCCCCACGGCCGACGAUGGCGACGACGAGCCCGACAUGUUUGUCGCGCAUCAGGACGAGCUGGGCGACAUGGAGAUGUUUGAGAGGCUCGUCAAGCCACGCGUGAGGUACGACGUCGAGGUGGUCACCAAGCUGAUUGUCUACUGCGGCAUCGCAUGGCUCAGCGUUGAGGGCAUACCGCUCUUGUUUGAGUUUAUAGGGCUCGGCGUCGAGCACCUGCGCCCGUCGAGGUGACGAACCGGGUCUUCUUUGUUUUGCUUUUUGUGUUAUGCUCUCCUUGUUGAUGUUGCUAUUCCUGUCACGAACGAACCAUGUCCACCCCCUCCUAAUAAUGUCCCAUCUCCGCCAUCACGCCCUCCCAUAUUAUCUUUUUAACCUUGAGUUUGUUGUUUCUCUUCCGGCUCUCGUCUGCCUGGAAGGCAAUGACACCGAGAGCUGGGGUCUUGCUUGUUGCCCGUUCCUACAUGGGUGCAUUAUGUAUCUCUUUUCUUCUUUUACUUUUUAAUGAAUAUAAUUCACCUCAACCAGUGCCACUUUGCGAGCCCCAGGUCAAUGAUUGAGGUGUGUCGUUUCCGU